AUGGAAACUUCUCGCAAUAUAACAAUGCUGGGCUUUCUUCACAUAGAAUUUGAGGAAGGAGUCAGAACAAUUGAAAUUCCAAAAUGGUAUUCUCGAUCAGAAGAGAAUGGUGCUACUUCUCAAUUAGCUUAUAAUGAAACUGAUUCAUCAUCAGCUGGUUGA